UAUCAACCGAGUCUCUCUAGCUCUGGUUUCUUGUCUGACUCCCGAGAAACUUUGAGCUCGUCUAUUAUUAUUAUUAUUAUUAUUAUCAUUAUUAUCAUUAUUAUUACAAGCUAAGCCAAACCCGACCGGGCUUUCAAACGAAAGACAAGACAACAAACCAAACGAGGGGUACCGCAUACAUACCAAAUCAAGAAGAAAAAAAAAGGGAACGAAGAAAACAAUUCAGCAACUAGUCGGGAACUGCUGCAUCUCUGAAAAUGAUGAAUCGACCCCCGCAAGGUCGCGGUCAGCCACGACUAGGUGCAACCAGGUAUCCAGGGGGUCAGGAUGACUUUUACAUGCCAGAGGUCAUCUCUCCUUCCCCUCAAAGGUAUGACCCUGAUAUCCCAUCUUCCUUUGCUCAGCCCCAGCUACCCUUACACAACAUCAUCUCCCCCCUCCCUUCCAACCACCUCCCCCACUCUCCCUCUCACAAAGACCUAUCGUUCAAAACAAAGAAGAAAGAGGAGAGAUUCCUUCAAAUUGGGUAUGAGGGAAGAAAAACAAAUCGGCAGGCCCAAAAAACAACCCAGUAAAAAAAAGCAAUUUACGAUAAAAAAGGCACUAUCUGGCGUGACACUGUGGAUGGGUUGCUAAUCCUAAAUUUAUCAUCUCUCUUCCCCCCUGCAGAGUGAUGCCCGAAGUUCCGGAGAAUAUGCAGGAUAAUAUUGCACACCUCGAGCAUGAGGCUCGAAACCCCUAUCGAUCUCAACAACAAUUUCCCGUCCAAUAUGACCGCUCCGGUUUCCCUGAACGAUCCUCUUCCGCCGCCGUCGUUCAAGGUCAGCCCAUUCCCUCGUCGGGUUACGAAGCUGCCUCCCACUACGAACAAGCCGCCAUCUAUGACACCAUGGAUUCCCCUAACUUUUCGGCCUUUCCCGCUCUGCGCAACCCCCCGCCCAAUGUCCCCCCGACCGAUGAGCAGAGAGAAGCGAACCUGGAGCGCGUGCGCAUGACCGUCUUGUCGUCCAAUGACCCGGAGAUGCAGUUGGCCUGGGCCCAGGAUGCUCUGGCUUACGUCGAGGUCGCCAUGCAGAAUGAGGCUCGACUGUCGUUGAUCCAACCCCCGCGCCCGCAGACCCCGCCGGUCGAGCGCCAGUUGAAGGUCGACGCCAUGAAUAUCGUCAGUUUCCUGGCGGAUCAGUCUCAUCCCAAGGCCGAGUUCAUCAAGGGCAUGUGGCUGGAAUUCGGUAAAUUCAGCUGUCGCAUUGACAAGAAGGAAGCCUUCCGAUCGUACAUGAGAGCCGCGGAGAAAGGCUACGCGCGCGCGGAAUACCGGAUUGGGAUGCAAUUCGAGAGUUCGGGAGAGCCGGAGAAGGCCAUCAGACACUACCAGAAGGGCGUCGCCCUUGCAGAUUCCGCCUCGUUUUACCGCCUGGGAAUGAUGAUCCUUCUCGGCCAGCAUGGCCAGCGCCAGGAUUACCAGACGGGUCUGGAGUACAUCAGCCUUGCAGCGCAGUCCUGCGACGAGAAUGCGCCCCAAGGUGCCUACGUUUACGGGAUGCUCCUGGCCCGAGAACUUCCCCAAGUGAACGUCCCGGAGGCCUUCCUCCCGCUCGAUCUCAACGCCGCGCGUGUUAAUAUCGAAAAGGCCGCCUUCCAUGGAUUUGCCAAAGCCCAGGUGAAGAUCGGUGCCGCCUACGAACUGUGCCAGCUGGGGUGCGACUUCAACCCGGCCCUGUCCUUGCACUACAACGCGUUGGCUGCGCGCCAGGGCGAACCGGAAGCGGAGAUGGCCAUCAGCAAGUGGUUCCUCUGCGGCCAUGAAGGCGUCUUCGAAAAGAACGACGAGAUGGCGUUUAUCUAUGCCCAGCGCGCGGCUCAGAGUGGGUUCCCGACCGCCGAAUUCGCCCUGGGGUACUUCUACGAGGUCGGCAUCUUCGUGCCGUCGGACAUCAAAGAGGCCAGAAGCUGGUACGCCAAAGCCGCGGCCAGCGGGAACAAGGACGCCACGGGUCGCAUCGAUAGUAUCUCUCGCUCCAAGACUUUAUCCCGCAAGGACCAUGAACAGGUGGCCAUCGCGCGCAUCAAGUCACGCUAUGGAUCUCAGCGUCCCAAUCUCAGGUCGAACACCGAGAACCUCGAAAUGCCCGACCCGUCCCGGAUGAGCAUUGCGGAGAACAACCCCCCCGCGUCUGCGCCAUAUCCUGAUCGACCGGCAUCGCGUGCCCGCCCCGUCUACCCACCGGGCUACGGGGCGCCGGAUCCCCGACCCAGCUCUGCCUUUGGUAUCAACCCCAACAUUCGAUCGAACGGCCCUGGCUACAACCGCGCCGCGUCAUACGGACCGGGCCCGAUGGGAUACCGGUCUCCGCCCCCGGGGACCCCGUCGAUGACCCCGGUGUCCGCCGGCCCCAAACUCGACGUUGGCUACUCCGCACCGAUGGAGCCCCAGGCCGGUGACAUGCGGAGGCGUCCCCAGCGUAUGGAUAUGCCCCCGGAUCGGCGACCCGUGCGGACCCCGAUGUCUCCCCACGCCCAAGGUGGCCCGGUGGGAUCCCCGCGACCACUUGCCUCGCCCUCGAGCGCAUCGUUCCCGGGCCGGGCCGAUUCCCGACCACCGAGUUCCUCCUCCACGCCGAAACCGCCGUCCUCGGCGACCUCGGCUGGCCAACGACCGCCCGCCCAGCCAUCCAAAUCGCAGGGUAGCCUACCAGGAAAGGGCCCCAAGACCUUUGAGGAAAUGGGAGUCCCCAGUGCUCAAAAAGACGGUGAUUGCAUCGUCAUGUGAUACCCGGGUCCGUUUUGCAUCUUUUAUUACCAUCGCUCGAUUUGUUUUGUGUUUCAGAAAUCUUGAGGGUAUCCUGUCUUUUUUUCUUUUUUGCUUUGGUGACGUGUGUUUCAUGGACUAGGUAGGUGGGUAACUAGAGGGUAGUGGACGUUGGCAAAUACAUUUCAAUUGCGGGCUUCUUCUUCAUCAGCAUCUGCCUUUU